AUGCCGGCACUCACGUCAGAAGGUACCAAGCGGAAAGCUUCGGAAGAGGCGGCUUCCCCGGAUUUCCAGAAACAGAUCAAGAAAGCGCGCACUGACUCUCCAGACAGAGAGCUAAAGAUUGAGGAGGAACCGCUGGACAAGCCACCACUGAGGAUCGUCCCCUUCCCUGAAAAGCCCGCAGUCUUGGAAGAACGACGAGGUGAAAUCGAGUUUCGAGUGGUCAAUAAUGAUGGCGCGCGGGAUAGUUUCGUCGUCCUUACCGGAUUGAAGUGCAUCUUUCAGAAACAGCUCCCGAAAAUGCCAAAGGAUUACAUUGCGCGGCUUGUCUACGAUCGAUCGCAUCUAUCCAUUGCCAUUGUGAAGCAUCCGUUGGAGGUGGUAGGAGGGAUCACGUACCGUCCAUUCAAUGGCCGCAAAUUCGCGGAAAUUGUCUUUUGCGCCAUUUCAUCUGAUCAGCAAGUCAAGGGUUAUGGUGCGCAUCUCAUGUCGCAUCUCAAGGACUACGUGAAAGCGACCUCGCCCAUAAUGCAUUUUCUGACGUAUGCGGACAACUAUGCGAUUGGUUAUUUUAAGAAACAAGGGUUCACGAAAGAGAUUACGCUCGAUAAAUCGAUCUGGAUGGGGUACAUCAAGGAUUACGAGGGAGGAACGAUAAUGCAAUGCACGAUGCUGCCCAAGAUACGGUAUCUCGAGGCAGGCCGCAUGCUUCUGAAGCAGAAAGAAGCCGUUCAGGCGAAGAUUCGAGCGUUCAGCCGCUCGCAUAUCAUCCACGCGCCGCCAAAGGAGUGGAAGAAUGGCCCGUGCAAGAUCGAUCCUUUGAGUAUUCCCGCUAUCAAAGAGUCCGGAUGGUCCCCAGACAUGGAUGAGCUGGCGCGCCAGCCACGCCAUGGGCCGAAUUAUAACCAGCUGCUACAUCUGCUUAAUGAUAUGCAGAACCAUAGUGCUGCUUGGCCAUUCACCCAGCCCGUCAACCGGGACGAGGUGCCCGACUACUAUGAAGUCAUCAAAGAGCCAAUGGAUCUCUCGACCAUGGAAGAGAAGCACGAGAAGGACAUGUAUCCGACACCGCAGGACUUCAUCAAAGAUGCCAUGUUGAUCUUUGAUAAUUGUCGGAAGUACAAUAACGAGAACACGCCGUAUGCAAAGAGUGCGAACAAGCUGGAGAAAUUUAUGUGGCAGCAGAUCCGCAACAUCCCAGAGUGGUCGGUGAGUGUCAUCCAGAAACGAUGCACUAUGUUAUUGGUUUGA